GAAAAUGGCACCUUGGUCUCAACUGUAGGAGCCAUGAUGACCACUGCCACCACCCCAGCGUUCAUGGGUUUAAUUACUUCUUUGGCAUCCCUUUGACCAACCUGCGGGACUGCCAACCUGGACACGGCACUGUUUUCCAGUUCCAGAAAUAUUUACCGUACAGGACCUUUGGACUGGUCUUGCUCACAGUGGUAGYUCUUCACUACAGCAGGGUCAUCACUGUCAGCAGGAGGCAGAUCCUGAGCCUGCUGUCCCUGCUGGUGCUAGCCACAGCGCUAACAGCUGGAUUCAUCAGGAUGGUKCCAUACUUCAACUGCAUUCUCUUCAGGGAUCACAGUAUUGUGGAGCAGCCGUUCAUCGCUGAAAACCUGACGCAGACAAUGACUCGGGAGGCAGUGGGCUUCAUAGAGAGGAAUUCAGACAGGCCUUUUCUGCUGUUUUUCUCCUUUCUCCAAGUCCACACAGCCAUGUUUGCUUCAGCUGCAUUCAGAGGAACCAGCCGCCACGGCAUCUAUGGAGACGCUGUCCAUGAAGUGGACUGGAGUGUGGGUCAGAUAAUGGAGACUCUGGACAAACUGAACCUGAGAGGAAACACUCUGACUUACCUGACCUCAGAUCAGGGAGCUCACCUGGAGGAAAUAUCUGCCUCAGGAGAAGUUCAUGGAGGAUGGAACGGCAUCUAUAAAGCUGGAAAGUCCACUAACUGGGAAGGAGGGAUCCGUGUCCCAGGGAUCAUUAGUUGGCCAGGGGCAAUCCCGAGUGGCAGAGAGAUCGACGAGCCCACCAGUAACAUGGAUGUGUUUCCUACAGUGGUGGGUCUGAGCGGAGCGUCAUUACCCCAGGACAGGCUCAUAGAUGGUCGGGACCUGAUGGCCUUACUGCAGGGGACAGCUGAACGGUCCAGCCAUGAGUUUCUCUUCCAUUACUGUAACUCCUACCUGAACGCCGUCAGAUGGCAUCCUAAAAACAGCAGCUCUGUGUGGAAAGCCUUCUUCUUCACCCCCAACUUCUACCCUGAGGACCAAGCCACCUGUUUGCACACACAUGUCUGCUUCUGCACCCCAGACCACGUGACCUACCACGACCCCCCUCUGCUCUUUGACCUGUGGAGGGACCCGUCAGAGAGCCAAGCCCUGAGCCCUGACACGGAGCCCACCUUCCACUCUGUUGUUGCUGUGAUGAAGGAGGCCGUGGAGAGGCACCAGAGGACUCUGGAGCCUGUGGAGAGGCAGCUAACAGCAGAGAAGCUGAUGUGGAAGCCCUGGCUGCAGCCCUGCUGCUCCACACUCACACAGCUCUGUCGCUGCCAGCACACAUGAAGACUUCCUGUCUGUGGACCGACCGAGCCAGCUCCGACUCAUUUUACCGUCUGUCUCGUCUGUGUGUAAAGACCAGAGGAACCUGUCUACAUCGUUACCUGCUCCUGGUUCUGGUUCUGGUCUCUGUCUCCAAUGUGCUGCUCAGGAUGGGAGACUGUGAUGAAGUGAAGGUUCAACACAACCUGCUGCUUCUUUAGAGAACUUUGACCGUCUGAUGUUUUAGAUGUCCAGAGGCAGAGGACAUGAAAUGGAAAUAUUCAACAGAAACACUUCAGGAGCUCCCAUUGUAAAGUUAAAAAUAUACCAUACUUAAAAAUUGCCAGUACAGAUUACUCUGGAUUAAAAUGCUCAGUGAAGAAACCUUUAAUUAUUUUGCUGAGACGGGGGGUGUCACCCAGUGACGUAGCUCCAAUGCCUUGCUGCCAURUAAGGAAAAAGUAUUGUGGGAAUUGUCUAUUAUCAGCUAUAAACUAAAACUGUGAGUCAGCAGUGCUGUCAGAGUAUACAGUUUCUCAGAGAAACACAAUGUACGUCCAACUCAAGAGGGUUUCUUGUCAGGAGACAAAAGCCCUAAAGCACUAAUCAGGAAAUUAGUUCCCCUAUUAGUAAGUAAAGUUUUAUUUAUAAAGUGCCUUUCACAGAAAUAGAUUCACAAGGUGUGUUAGAAUCAUCAACAGUGUAAAAAUGGUGGAAAUACAAAACAAAACAUAAUAAAACAUAAAUAAAGCAUAAUAAAACAUAUUAAAACAUACAACAUAAUGAAUCAUCAGAAACAGGAAGAAUAAAUUCUAAAUUGUAACAGACACGGUCAAGGUAGAGCAUGACAGGAGGAGAGUGUUAUGUAAGAAUGUACAAAUCAAAUAAGAAAAAUUGUUAAAUAAAAUGUGGGAGAAAUAUAUGCCAUAUAUACAAUAAUA